AUGGCUGCCUCUAUUAAGAUUCAACCAGAUAUUGACUCUCUAAAACAAUUGCAGCAGCAAAAUGACGAUAGUUCUAUAAAUCUGUAUCCCGUGUAUGCAUACUUGCCAUCACUGGACCUAACUCCGCAUGUUGCGUAUCUUAAAUUGGCGCAAUUGAAUAAUCCUGACAGAAAGGAAUCGUUUCUUCUAGAAAGUGCUAAGACUAACAAUGAAUUGGAUCGUUAUUCAUUCAUCGGUAUCUCACCACGUAAAAUCAUUAAAACCGGUCCCACUGAAGGUAUCGAAACCGAUCCUUUGGACAUUUUGGAAAAGGAGAUCUCACCUUUCAAAGUUGCUGAAAAUGUUCCAGGUUUACCUAAAUUAAGUGGUGGUGCUAUUGGUUAUAUUUCUUAUGACUGUGUUCGCUAUUUCGAACCAAAAACGAGAAGGCCCUUGAAAGAUGUUUUGAAACUUCCAGAGGCCUACCUUAUGCUUUGCGAUACCAUUAUUGCCUUUGACAACGUUUUUCAAAGAUUCCAAAUUAUUCAUAACAUCAAUACUAAUGAAACUUCGUUAGAGGAAGGUUACGAAAUUGCAGUGAAAAUAAUUACUGACAUAGUCUCAAAAUUAACCGACAAUUCUUCAUCAAUACCAUAUCCAGAACAACCUGCAAUCAAAUUGAAUCAAACUUUCGAGUCGAAUGUGGGUAAAGAAGGCUAUGAGAGUCAUGUCACCACCUUAAAGAAGCAUAUUAAAAAGGGUGAUAUUAUUCAAGGCGUGCCAUCACAAAGAGUGGCAAGACCAACUUCUUUGCAUCCUUUCAAUAUUUACAGACAUUUACGUACUGUGAACCCCUCUCCUUACUUGUUCUAUAUUGAUUGUUUAGAUUUCCAAAUCAUUGGUGCAUCUCCGGAACUUUUAUGUAAAUCAGAUUCCAAAAAUAAAGUCAUCACUCACCCAAUUGCGGGUACUGUCAAACGUGGGGCUACUACUGAAGAAGAUGAUGCUUUGGCAGACCAGUUGCGUGGCUCAUUAAAGGAUCGUGCUGAACAUGUUAUGUUAGUGGACUUAGCAAGAAACGAUAUCAAUAGGGUUUGUGAUCCGCUGACAACCAGCGUUGAUAAGUUAUUAACUAUUCAAAAAUUUUCUCACGUCCAACAUCUGGUUUCUCAAGUCAGUGGUACUUUGCGUCCAGAGAAAACAAGAUUUGAUGCGUUCAGAUCAAUUUUCCCAGCAGGUACUGUCAGUGGUGCUCCAAAAGUUAAAGCCAUGGAAUUAAUUGCUGAAUUAGAACGCGAGAGGCGUGGUGUUUACGCGGGUGCCGUGGGCCAUUGGUCAUAUGACGGUAAAACAAUGGACAAUUGUAUUGCUCUAAGGACUAUGGUUUAUAAAGAUGGAAUUGCUUACUUACAAGCUGGUGGUGGUAUUGUUUUCGAUUCAGAUGAGUACGAUGAAUACGUGGAAACUAUGAACAAGAUGAUGGCUAACCACAGUACCAUUGUCCAAGCAGAAGAAUUGUGGGCUGAUAUCGUAGGAUCCGUUUAG